AUGCCGACUCAGCAUACCUUCAUGGGCCGGCCCAUUGCGCUGCAGAUGCCCCCGAGGAGGUUCCAGGUCAUCAUCAUCCUUCUGCUCUUCGUCAUAGUAAACUUUACCUUUUACGGAACUCCAACACGCGACAGCAUUCCGACCUAUGACGAAGUCGCCGAUGCGGUCAAGCACCCGCAAGCUCACCUGCCUGACUUGGGCGAGCUGCCAGCUGUACCCAAACCCUUCGGUCCCUCAGCACACAAGCCACCGGUUCAGGCAAACAGUACCACGGCCAGUGCUUACGGCGCUAUAGAGUGGCUCAGUGAUUUCAAAUGGCGCAACCCUUUCUCCUCCCGCGUAACUCUCGACGAGAACACCGCCCUCCUACCACCGCUACGCGAACGACCGCCGAUUUACACAUACUACGACGUACCGAAGAAGCAGGACAAGGAAGUGUCUGCGGCAGAACAACGGCUGAUACUGGCAUGGCGACGGGCAUGGUGGGCGCAGGGCUUCAAGCCGGUCGUACUGUCGCGGGCUGAGGCUAUGCACCACCCACAAUACCAGCUGUUCCAGCGCAUGAAGCUAGAUCCGAAGAUCGAGUUUGAGGUCAUGCGCUGGCUGGCAUGGGGGCACAUGGGUGGCGGCGUUCUUGUCAAUUGGCUUGCACUGCCCAUGGCCGAGUACGAGAACCCAAUGCUCAGCUUUCUACGACGAAACGAAUACGCCAAGCUGUCGAGGGUCCAGACCUUGGAUAACGCCAUCUUCUUUGGAGAUCGCAUGAUGGUCGAUGACGCGAUCAAGAAGGUCAUGGGCAAUGAGUUGCUCAAGAAUGUUACCGCGAGCAAGGAUAAGCUGUUGAAACUGGCCAAAAAAGAGGGUGGUCCGAUUGUCAACCUCCUGGACACGAAGGACAUGAACUCAGACAGCAAGGCCGACGGCAUCGCAUCCUACAACAUGGCUACGAUCUCCAGCAAGUACAAGACGGUUGCCGACAAGUUUACCAACACGACACAAGCCGAGGCCCUCGACUUGCUCGCGAACCUCGUCAACUCGCAUCUCCACCUGACCUGGCAAGAGCAGCACCCGGAAGGUGUGGUAAUCGUCAAGCCUGCGCCGGAGCACACGACCGCUCUUUUACGCGAAACAACGGACAUUGCUCGUAACCUUACUCAAUGUCCGACCACCCCAAUGCCCAAGUCGUGCCCCCCGAACCGACCAAAGUGCAAACCAUGCGAUGCCAACAAGGGAAUGAAGCUUCAGCAGUUCCCCGAAUUCGUAAACACGACCAAGUUCUUCACGAUCGGAACCGUUCCCCAUCCAUACACGCUUACCUCGUUACACUACACGCGUGACAUGAUAGACAAGAACUUCCUCCGCAACAGCGCAGCACGCGACCUGUGGAUUAAGAAGCUGACAGACAAAUCUAUUCCAGACGAUCACACUGAAGAAUACCGCGUACUCAAGUUCAAGGAACUCGUAGCAGCAGCUCCGGCUCAUACACUUUGGCUCACAGCCGAGCGCAUCACCCAAGACGACCUAGACUGGAUCUUCGGCUUCGGUCUACCCCAGAACGCGUCUGCGAAUGGCGAGCCCAGCUCACCCAGCAAGGAGUCCGAACUCAUCGUCUUCCCCCGUCCAGACCCUCCCAAGCCCAUCGAGGGUAUCGACAUACCGGACGAAAAGUGGAUCGAGAAAGAGGAAGAGCGCUUGAAGAAGGCACGCGAGGCCAUCAAGAGCAAGGACAGGAACAUGAAGCUGGUAGUCGAAGCCGUGGAGCAGUGGAACCUGGCAGACACGGAAGCCUGGAGGUUUUCGCGUGCCUACUCAGCGAGAAGACGCCAAGAGCGGAAGAAGUGGGAAGAGGAAGAGGCAAAGUUCUCGGGUAGUGAAAAGAAGGCUGGCGUUAGACCUGGCGAGGGCGGUGGAAGAUGGACCGAUCGGAGUUGA